AUGAAAUAUUUUAUUUUUAAAUUAAAAAAUUAUUUUUUGUUUAUUAAUUUAAUUUCAAUUUGCUCAAUGUUGUUGCAAGUAAAUUCAAAACCUUUAUUGCCCAAUCAUCUUGUUGAAGAGGAUUUUAUAAAUGCAGCUUUUGUUAGAAAUAAUAGACAUGCAAAAUUAGUAUUUGAUGAUCAACGAUUUCAUAAAAGACAAAGACGCGGAUCAGUCAGUGUAUUGGAAUCGGACAAAUGGCCAAACGGAAGAAUACCUUAUGUUUUAUCAACAGCAUAUACACCCCAACAAAGAGCCGUUCUUGCAUUAGCAAUUUCAGCUUAUAAUGCAAAAACAUGUAUACGAUGUUUUGCUGAUUUUUCAAGAGUUGGAGGCCGGCAACAAGUUUCCUUAGUUGAUGAAUGUAUUGAGUACGCAACUAUUAUACAUGAAUUUAUGCAUGUUAUAGGAUUUAUUCAUGAACAUCAACGUGAAGACAGAGACGGUUUUGUGCGUAUUGUGUGGGAAAAUGUAAUUGAUGGCGCGAAUGCUGAUUUUGAAAAAUUAAGUUCAAUGGGAUUAAGUAAUUACGGAGAACGUUAUGAUUAUUUUUCUAUUAUGCAUUAUGAAAAUACUGAAGGAAGUAAAAAUGGUAGGCCAACUAUAGUUGCUAAUGUACCUGAAUAUAGUGCAUUAAUGGGGAAAUCGAUGGAUUUUACUCAGGGUGAUCUAAAUCGUGUAAACAGAGCCUAUAAAUGUUAUCAAUAUCUCAAAACAAACAACGAGGCAUUAAAUCAACAUCAAAAUGUUGAAGACCAAGCGGCUAUUUUUAGGCGUUUUUGGACUAAACAGCAAUAUCUUAAUCGGAUAGAAAGAUUAAAUAUAAAAAAUAAAAGUUAA